UUGUUCGAGAUUUUUCUCCCCACAACCACCCCACUACUCGCAAAUAAACACCCACUUUUGCCCAUGUUUUCACAUAGUGAUUAGUGUAGUAUAAAUACGUGAUUAUUAUGCAAAGCUAUAGCUAGGACCAUGGCUUCCUUCAGCACUACUUCUAAGGCUUUGAUCGUGGCUGCCGGCCUUCUGAUUCUGGUGGCUUCGGAGGGUUUCAUUCACCGAGCCGGGGCGGCCGGAGAGUGCGGGAAGAUGACGGUCGGGUUGGCCGCGGUGAGCCUGACGCCGUGCUUGGGGGCAGUCAAGGAUGUGAGAGCUAAGGUUACGGCGGCGUGCUGCAGCAAGGUGGCGGGGAUGUUUAAUACUACUCCCAAAUGCCUGUGCGCCAUUCUUCUUUCGCCUAUGGCUAAGCAAGCCGGAAUCAACCCGGCCGUUGCCAUUACCAUCCCCAAACGUUGCAAUAUCAAAAACCGUCCCGCCGGCAAGAAGUGUGGAAAGUACACCCUCCCAUGAGGAUCAAAGGCAAGCAGCCCAUAGCUACAUGAGAAAAUGAUAUUUAUGUUAUAAUUAUGCUAUGAAAUUUUACUCAAAUAAAAAGAUAAGAUCGAGUGUGUGUUAAAAUUUUUUAGUUGUUCCCAUAUCUACACGCAUAUUAGCUUGAUCGUUGGGUUCGUAGGAUGCCGCUGUUUGUGGACUUGAAGGACUUGACGCCAUUAUCAGAGCAUGUAUGGUAUUGCGUCCUUUUUCUAAUAUUUAAGAUAUUGAAUAAAUUAAAGUUGCCUUUUCAAA